CAACAAACACCAGAAAUUAAAAAAUAUUAAUUCCACAUAUUUCUUCCUUAUUAUUAUCAACUUCAAUUUCGUAUCGUUCAGUUUUCUCUCUUCUCCAAUUUCAGGUAUGGCAGAAGUAUCAGGUAUGUUUACAGUACAACAAACAAUAGGCAGUGUAUUAUGUUGCAAAUGCGGAAUUUUGAUGCAACCAAAUGCUGCCAAUAUGUGUGCUAAAUGCUUGCGAUCCGAAGUUGAUAUAACAGAAGGCUUACAGAAGAAUAUUGUGAUUAUCCAUUGCCCCGAAUGUGAUAGCUAUUUGCAGCCUCCAAGGAGUUGGAUCAAAGCACAGCUCGAAUCGAAGGAGUUACUCACCUUCUGUAUCAAGAGGUUGAAGAAUUUAAAUAAAGUUAAGUUGAUGAAUGCUGAGUUUAUUUGGACUGAACCUCAUUCUAAAAGGAUCAAAGUUAGGCUUAGAGUCCAAAAAGAGGUUCUAAAUGGAGCUGUUCUCGAACAAACAUAUGCCGUUGAGUAUGUUGUUCAAGACCAAAUGUGUGAAUCUUGUUCAAAGGUGCAAGCUAACCCUGAUCAAUGGGUGGCGGCUGUGCAGCUUAGACAGCACGUUUCUCACCGAAGGACUUUCUUCUAUUUGGAGCAGCUCAUUCUUAAGCAUGCUGCGGCUAAUUGUGCCAUAAAAAUCAAAAUGUUGGAUCAGGGAAUUGAUCUCUUCUUUGCACAUAGAAGUCAUGCUUUGAAGUUUGUUGACUUUGUGAGUCGGGUGGUACCUGUUAGGAGCCGAAAUGACAAGCAACUUGUAUCUCAUGAUCACAAGAGCAAUAACUUCAAUUAUAAGUAUACAUUCUCUGUAGAAAUCAGCCCAAUUUGUCGUGAGGAUCUGAUAUGUCUCCCUCCAAAAGUGGCCGCUAGUUUAGGAAAUACCGGUCCUCUUGUGAUCUGCACCAAAGUGAGCAACAGUAUCGCUUUACUAGAUCCGUUUACUUUGAGGCAUUGUUUCUUGGAUGCUGAUCAGUACUGGAGGGUGUCGUUUAAGCCUUUGUUGUCUAGUAGACAGCUCGUGGAGUAUGUAGUUUUAGAUGUUGAUGUGGUUUCUGAAGAAGUUAAUAUUGGGGGCGCGAAGUAUGUUUUAGCUGAUAUUCAAGUGGCUCGUGUAUCUGAUUUCGGGAAAAAUGAUACUAUGUUCUCGGUAAGAACACAUCUAGGCCAUCUUCUAAAUCCCGGAGACUAUGCCCUCGGUUAUGAUUUAUAUGGAGCAAAUAACAAUGAUAUUGAGUUAGACAAAUACAAAGGUCUUGUCCUUCCAGAGGUGAUAUUAAUUAAGAAAAGCUAUGAAGAGAAGCGCCAAAAGAAACGUGGGAAGCCUCGGUCUUGGAAGCUUAAGUCUCUUAAUAUGGAAGUCGAUAACUCUGGCAAAGGUAGAGAUCAGGAACAAAAGUUGAACUCAGAAUAUGAACAAUUCUUGAGAGAUUUAGAGGAGAAUCCUGAUCUGAGGUUCAACAUAUCAUUGUAUCGUAAUAAAGAAUAUCAACGAUCGGAAGUCACAUCUAUUGCUGAUGGGGAAGAUGUUCCUUCUAUUCCUUUGGAGGAGUUACUUGCUGAUCUUGAUCUGAGUGAUAUGGAUGUUGAAGAAGAUUGCAUCAGGGAGUGAAUUGCAGACUCGUGAAUUGGAAGCGGAACUUGAAGUUUGCCCCUGAAGCUCGUCUUAUUAUGUCGUGCAAGUCAGUGGCUUCAUAAAUUUUGCGUUCUAGUACUAGUACAACUAGUUCUUGUUAUUUCAAUAUAAUGAUGAUCUGAUGGCUAUUUCUAUCUUACGCCAUUUGUUUGUUCCCUCUGAACAUUGCCUUACUAAUGUUCAUGUCUGUUAUGGAGACUCA